CUAUUCCCUGGUUCAGAAAUCAGGCUGUGUGUAGCCUGCUGAGCAGUUGGGUAAAUGUAAUGAUUAAAUAUCAAAGAAGUGGGCCAAAUGGACCUUUUCAUUUUCCUAGCGUUGUGCUCUCUGUGUGUGGUUUCAUCGGCAAGGAAAGGCGAGGAUGAUGAAUGGGUGCACCUCCCCAAUAAAUGUGAAGUAUGCAAGUUUGUUAGCCUCGAGAUGAAAUCCGCGUUUGAUGAAACUGGGAAGACAAAAGAGGUGAUUGAUACCAACUAUCGAUUCAUAGACGGCAAAGGGUCAGCGCCAAUCAAAUAUGUGAAAUCAGACAUGCGGUUCAUCGAAGUGGUGGAGAACGUGUGCAAACGACUGCUGGAGUACAAUCUGCACAAGGAGAGAGCGGGAAGCAACCGCUUUGCCAAGGGGAUGUCUGAGACCUUUUCCACUCUACACAACCUGGUCCACAAGGGAGUGAAGGUGGUGAUGGACAUCCCCUAUGAGCUGUGGAACGAGACCAGUGCGGAGGUGGCCGACCUCAAGAAACAGUGUGAUGUGAUGGUGGAGCAGUAUGAGGAGGUGAUAGAGGACUGGUACAAGGGGACUCAGGAGGAGGACCUCACCACCUACCUCUGUGAGAAGCACGUCCUGAAGGGACAGGACACAGAGUGCCUGAAGGAGAACUAUCAGAGGAAGAAGAAGGGAGACGUGGCCCCCGCACCGGAGAAGAAGAACAAGAAGAAGAAGAGGAAGGGCAAGGGCAAGGACGGUGAGGAUGGACAGAGCAAGAAGAAGGUGAAGAAGAAAAAGGGGAAGGCGGACACGGGAAAAGGCAAAGGGAAAAGUGGAGGCAGUGGAGGCAGUGGUGGCGGUGGAGGAGAAGAGAAAAUUCAGAAGAAAGUCCCCCUGCCUAGCAAGAAGACAGAACUCUGAGGGGAAGUGGCUAAUGCUCUCCAGGGGAGGGGCUAGUUUUAAUCAGGGUGGGGUUAUGUUGGGAGCUGGGCAGAGUCAAAUAUUGUUUUUGUUUUUUUAAUGAAAAAAAAAUUACCGUACUUGUUGGGGGGUGGGGGUGAAAUCUCAUUUUCUGAAAUCUACUCGUCUACAUUUCAUUGAUUUUAGAACUGUUCUAUUUCUGUUUAUGUACGGAGUCAAUACGAUUCGAAAUAGAAUGGUUUACAUGUAGUACUAAGCUC